AUGUCAUACAACAAGCCGGACGGCCCUCCUCCUUCAUAUCCUGCGCCCGUUCAUGACGCUGGCCCAUACGGCCACCCCGGCUCACCUCCUCCUCCGAGUGGCGCGAACCAAGACUACUACAACCAACAAGGCGGCUACUACCCUCCCCAGAACUACGGCCCCCCUCCCCAGCAAGGAUAUGGCGGUUACGGCUCGCCCCCUCCCCCGGGUCAACCUAUGUACUAUCCUCCGCAAGGAUACCCGCAACCGCAGCAGCAAGGUUACUAUGCGGGUGACCGGGGAGGGCCUUCAGCAGGCGGUGGCAUUUGUGCCGGUAUCAUGGCCGCUCUUGCAUGCUGUUGCUGCUUAGAUAUUCUGUUCUAA